CCCAGACAUAGGCAGACUCAUAUCUCAGCUCCACAAAUUCCAUUUACAGCCACCGUUACAGUCAGACAUAACGCACGUCGUGGACACAGGUAGGAUACUUAGAAAUGGCUACAGCAAGAGUGACCGUGUUGUCUAAAGCCCAAUGGGUCAGACUACCGUCUGUAUUCAAUCAGCCCAAAGAAGCCGAGGUGUACAACAGGCAGGCAGAGGUAGGGACGCGUACUCCGACAUCUAACGUUAGUGAAGAAAACAAAAUCCUCUUGGCCUGGCAAAACAUGCAGGAGGCAAACAAAGCUGACCAGCGUGCCAGAGGCGGAAGAUUCAACAGCGUAGUCUUUAGGAAAUGUCUGGAUAAUGAGAAUAAGCUACUGAUUGAAUUGAAGAGAAGAAAAGAAAAGAUGGCUAAAGAUGAAGACAGGAAGUACGAGGAGAUGAUGCAGUCUAAACAGGAAGAAGCUCUGAGACUGGAGCAGGAGAAAAGCCUUCGGAAGAAGCUUCAAAAUCACACCACGGCAGAAAAUCUGAAACAGCAAAUGAAAAAAAGGGAACAGCUGAAAGAAGAAGAGAGACUGCAGGAAGAGAAAUAUGCAGAAUUCCUCCGUAGCCUUGACGAACAGCAUGCGCAGGAGCUAAGACAGGAGGCGGACAAAAAAGCUGAGUUGAAAAAAGAUAAUUUACAAAACCAGCUGGACGAUAUGGCCAUAAGAAACCUCAACAUGAAGAGAGAGGCGCAAAGACUUUGGUCAGAGGAGCAAAAAGCCAAACAGGAUCAGCUUGAAAUGGAAAGAAUGCUAUUGCAAAGACAAACUAAAGGGGUACACAAUUUCACGGAUUCCCAGACACCUAAACAGAUUGUUCGUGAGAACCUGAUGGCCUUGCAGGAGGAGAAGGCUGCCACCGUGGCUCUGACGGAGGAGAAGAUGCUUGCCAAACAUUUGGCAGAUAGAGAGGCUGAUCUGGCAAAGCAGCAGAAGGAGGAAGAGGAGAAGAAGGCUGCAAUGUUUCAGUCUAUCGCUGCCCACAGACAGAAUACGAUACGGGAGAAAGAACAAAAAGAAAAGGCAGAGCGUCAGAGCAACGUGGACUGGAUUCAGGCUCAGGUCGAGGUUGACCGGUUGUUCCUAGCCAAAGAAAAAGCGAAGGUCAAGAAGAUCAGAGAAGACAAAAUUAAAUUACAUAACUUCAACGUCGCCUUGGCAACUGAAAAACGCGCCCUCCUCGAGGAACUCAAAAGGGAGAAACGUGCUGCGGCGAAGAAUGCAGAACAGUUUGCUGUGAAGGACAAACAACACCGGCGAUAUGUUGAGAAUGAACUCCUCCACGCUGCAGAGAACCUCCCUUUGUUUGAGGAAUGUCGGAAGCUGCAAUUGAGCAAUAACAAAUCCAAAAAGGUCCCCCUGGGGACGGCCCUCCGUCUGCCUCCCAUUACCAAUGCAGCUCAGAACACCUUGGCUUCAAGCAGACGAGGCUUCGCUUCCCCUUUGAGUGUGGAUGGGUCCAAUUGCCUCGUUGCAAACACCAACCAGCCAUUGCCCAAACGUUCCAGUGCUAAACCUCAGCAUAUUAAACAGCAGCAUGAUUACAAUAAACUGGAGCUCGCAUAUGAAGAGACCAGGUUGUUUGACCUGCGACAGAUCUACCGCUCCCCUGCACCGGCCUUCUCCAAGCUCCCUCCCAUCCCAAAUGCUGUCAAGCAGUCCAAAAGAAAUUACCUGCACCGGCGUCCUUAAUUUACCAGCCUGUCCCGCCUCCUUACGUCACUACUUUACCCUCCGACAUUCCCUUUCCCUCUUUUAUUCUCCAUUUAAACCUCUUUCUAUUCUUCCCCUGUUUCCCAUGGAGGCUCAGCGGUGAGCACUGAUGUCUCCCAGCCAGGUUCUCACCUUUGUGUAAGGGUUUACUCCGGUUGCUCCGGUUUACUCCCACACUUUAGAUUAGCAAUUAGAAUAUAAUAACAAUGCAUAUUCUGACCUUUACGUAUGGGUCUAAUCCGGUUGCUCCGGUUUACUCCCACACUUUAGAUUAGCAAUUAGAAUAUAAUAACAAUGCAUAUUCUGAUCUUUACGUAUGGGUCUACUCUGGGUGCUCCGGUUUACUCCCACACUUUAGAUUAGCAAUAAUAAUAAUGCAUAAAAAAAAAAUCAUAAACAAAAUAAUAAUAUUGUCUGGACUUGCAUUUCAUACACAAUCGUUUGAGUGUUUAAGUCAUGUUACCACCUCAAAAUAACAUUUGUUAACUGAACUAGGGCUACAGUUAGAUUUACUGAGGCUCACAUGUAUGUGGCUGUUGUUUCUAUGGCGAUCAGGGCACUCAAACACAAAGGGGGAGAACAUGUUAC